ACUCUACAGGAAAACUUCCUGGAACCAGAAUGGCAGAGUUAAAAGCCAAGUAUACCUUGCUGCAUGACACUGUGAUCAGUACACAAGAGUCAGAAGUCCAGCUGCUGCAGGACGCCAAACGCUUCACUGAGCAAAUACAACAGCAGCAGUUUCACCUGCAGCAAGCUGAUAAUUUUCCAGAAGCAUUCUCCACAGAGGUCUCCAAAAUGAGAGAACAACUUCUCAAGUAUCAAAAUGAAUAUAACGCAGUGAAGGAAAGAGAGUUCCACAAUCAGUACAGAUUAAAUAGCUUAAUGGAAGAAAAAAACCUCAUAAUAAAAGAAUUCGAGAAGAUACCUAAGCCAGGAGAAAUGGACAAGAAAAUGAAAAUAUUGAGAGAAAGCACUGAAGAAUUACGUAAGGAAGUAAUGCAGAAGAAAUUAGAAAUUAAAAAUUUACGGGAAGAUUUGGUAUCUAAACAAAAGCAGUCACUAAAGGAGCAGAAGGAACUAGAAGAAUUGUUAGACUAUCAGGUUGUCCUAAAGGAUGAAGUGGCCCACCAUCAAACUGUUCCUGUACAAAUUGGAAAAGAGAUAGAAAAAAUGACACGCAAAAAAGUGUAUGAUUUAAUAUUUUUAUUUUGAAUUCCUACCAGUCCAAAUUACGUAUGCACACUAAGACAAGAGUACUAACCACUGGGCAUAACAAAUUACUCUUAUAAUUUUAGAAAUAUCUGUUUUGGGUUCUAUGUUGUAUAUGUCAAGUUAUUUAAAACAAAGUAGUGUGGCAAAGUACUUUCACUUAUAACAUUUAUUUAUGUCUUGAUGGGUCAAGAUU